UUCCCCAUUCAAGAUUGUUAUUCCCCAUUCAAGAUUGUUAUUCUACCUCACGAAGUAGGAGAUGCUACAAAAGUUUUGUGCAGCGGACCAGGGUUGAAUCAGGGAAAAACUCAUGCGGAUAAUAUUUUCACAGUUGAUACUCGAAAUGCGGGAUAUGGAGGACUUGCCUUGUCUAUUGAAGGCCCAAGCAAAGUGUUGAUCCAGUGUAAUGAUCAACCUGAUGGAACGGUGCGUCUUUCUUAUAAACCAACUGAACCCGGUUACUAUGUGUUGAAUUUGAAGUACGCUGAUCACCAUGUUACUGGAUCUCCGUUUGCUGUAAAGGUGAGCGGCGAUGGUUCAAACAGACAGCGUGAGAAGAUGCAAAAGCACCGCGAACCUGUGCGAGCAGCAGAUCCUGGCCAACCCUGCAAACUGACCUUCAAAAUGUCAGGUAUUAGUACCUUUGAUCUUGCUGCUACGGUUAAGGAACAGGACGGGGUUGCCGAAGAUGCCGAAGUUACUGAAGAGGAAGAUGGGGUAUACGCCGUUAACUUUGUACCCCAAAAACAAGCAUUGUAUAUUAUAUCAGUCAAGCAUAAAGACAUUCAUAUCUCAGGAUCACCAUUCCCAUACACGGUGGGUCCGUUGACAGACUCCGGUGCUCACCUUGUGAAAGCAGGAGGUGCGGGUCUCCAACGCGGAGAACAGGGCCACCCAGCCGAAGUAAAUGUGUGGACGCGCGAGGCUGGAGGGGGUGCUCUCGCAGUGGCCGUUGAGGGACCAUCCAAGGCGGUCAUCGACUUCAAAGAUCGUAAAGAUGGCUCUUGUCACUUCUUGUACACUGUUACUGAACCGGGUGAAUACCGAAUCGGUAUCAAGUUCAACGAUCAGUACAUACCGGAUGCCCCGUACAACGUGAUAGUGUACCCCACUGGAGGAGAUGCACAGAAGCUCGAGAUUGCACAGUUCCCCAAAGGCAUCGUUCCGACUGAUAAACCGGCUCAAUUUAUUAUUCGGCGCAACGGCACCACGAAAGGACAAUUGGACGCGAGGCUCCUUGCUCCGUCUGGAAAGGAAUACGACUGUUUCACCCAAUUAGUCGACGAGGAGCAGUACUCGGUGCGUCUGUUUCCCCGUGAGACCGGCAUUCAUAAUAUUAUGGUCAAAUUCAACGGAAUUCAUAUUCCAGGAUCACCUUAUCUUCUGAAAGUGGGCAAUGAGGACGUAGACCCUGCUGCAAUUUCGGCUAGCGGCAAAGGUCUUCAUUAUGCGAAAACAGGACAAAAAUCAGAUUUCUUGGUGGAUACUUGCGAUGUGCCAGCUGGAACUUUGUGGGUAACUUUGGACGGGCCUGGAAGAGCGGCCAUCGAUUGUUCGGAGGUCGAAGAUGGAUAUAAAGUUCGCUAUACGCCUCUGGUUGCUGGAGAUUACUACAUUUCUGUUAAAUAUAAUCAGUAUCAUAUCAUAGGAUCGCCCUUCAAACUUCAAGUGGAAGGUGAGAAUUUAGCUGAGUUAGGUGCCCAAGAAACUUCUUCAGUGAAAGUGCAGACAGUCCAGAAAAUAUCAAAAGAAGGCAAAAAACUUUUGCCAAAUAUGCCUGUAUUUAACUCUGAUGCCAGUCUUGUAACUAGCAAGGGAAUAGGCCUUAAGAAAGCCUACAUGGGCAAACAAAAUCAAUUCCAACUAAAUGCAGCUGAAGCAGGAAAUAACAUUCUUCUAGUUUCCGUGUAUGGUCCAAAAGGUUUCAACGAAGAAGUAUCUAUUAAACAUACAGGAAAACACCAAUAUACAGUCAGUUAUUUGGUGCGUGAACGUGGCGAAUAUAUUUUGUUUGUAAAAUGGGGAGAUGAUCAUAUUCCUGGAUCGCCGUUUAAAGUGGACGCGUAGACGUCAAAUAUUAAAAGUU